AUGGUCUCCUCUAAAGGACUCUCCCUUCUCGCCUGGGUCUUCUUCGUCCACCUCGCCGGGAUCUACCUAUACACGCGCGGCUUCCUUCUCACCCGACUGUCUCUCUCCGACGCCACCUCCUGCGACGAUGGCUCCUGCAUACUCGCGCCUUCGCACCAGCGCGCAGUGGUGCUCAUCAUCGACGCCCUCCGCUUCGACUUCCUGAGCCCACACCCACCCGAACCCCCUUCGCCCUUCCACCAUCAUGUCCUCACCAUCCCGCAAGAACUUACUGCGAAGGCCCCGCUGCAGUCUUUCCUCUUCGAGAUGUUCUCGGACCCUCCCACCACGACGCUGCAACGCCUCAAAGGGAUCACGACCGGGUCUCUGCCCACAAUCAUGGAGAUGGGGUCCAACUUUGGAGGGUCGUCAAUAACGGAGGACUCGUUUAUUGGGCAGCUUCGGGCUGCAGGGAAGAAAAUUGCGUUCAUGGGCGACGACACUUGGACCACCGUCUUCCCGGACUCCUUCGAGCCCAACAUGACCUUCCCUUACGACUCCUUCAACGUCGAAGACUUGCAUACCGUAGACGAAGGCGUCAUCCAGCACCUCUUUCCCCUCCUCCAGGACAAGAGCAAGCCAUGGGACGUCAUCAUCGGUCAUUUCCUCGGCGUCGACCACGUCGGGCAUCGUCUGGGACCGGACCAUCCGACGAUGAAGACGAAGCUGAAGCAGAUGGACGACGUCAUGCGCCGCGUGGUCGACCUUCUCGACGACGACACCCUGCUCAUUCUCAUGGGUGACCACGGCAUGGACCGCAAGGGCGACCACGGAGGCGACGGAGACCACGAAACCUCGGCCGCGCUGUGGGUGUACAGCAAGAGACCUCAGCUGAUACACCCGAAGGCCAACAUCCCGGAUUUCCUGCUCACGACGCGUUUCUUCCCGAACGCCCCCGUGGAGGCCCGGCAUAUACAGCAGAUCGACCUCGCUGCGUCUCUGUCGUUGGCGCUAGGGCUCCCCGUGCCCUUCAACAACCUCGGGACCGUGAUCCCGGAGAUGUUCUGGUCGGACAAGAACGGCGAUCGAUUCACGCGCGCAUUGUCAAUCAACACCGCCCAGAUCCGACGCUACCUGGACACCUACCGCAAGAGCCCCUCGGGAUCCGAGCUCGACAGUGCAUGGGAUGAUCUCGAGCGGAUGUGGGGCCCCGUCGACCCCACGCAUUUGGAGUCCUCAACAGUGGACCGGGAGAACCUGUGGCUCGCCGCGAAGGUCUACACUCGAUCCGUCCUCGCCGCCUGCCGGAUGCUGUGGGCGCAGUUCGACAUUGCGCUCAUCGACCUGGGCCUCUGUCUCAUGGUCACAGGGACGGUUGCAUCAGCGUUCUUGUAUCUUAAGCUUGGGGCGUUGGGUGACGACUGGGAGACGUGGGCCUCCAAUGUUACACGGUCUUUUGUCUCGAGCAUGGUUGGAGGAGGCCUCCUCGGCUUUGUGGCUUGGGUUACGAUCUCCCGAUACGUCAAAGGGGUCGGCGUCGUCGAGGGCCCACUGUUUGGAGCGGCAUUCGCCUCUUCCCUCGUGGUUAUCUUUUCCGCGCCACCCUCGCUGUCCGGCAUAUCAUUCGCCUCGCUGUCGGCCCUCCCUCUCCCUCUCGUCCUACACGCCGCAGCAUUCGCCUCAAACUCCUUCAUCGUUUGGGAAGACCGUAUCGUCACAUACCUGCUCAUCUCCUCCAUCGUCCCCGCCAUUCUCACCGGCUUCACUGCGCCAACAUCCCGCCUGCGGUACCGCAUCCUUGGGUUCUCAGCACUGUUCGCUCUUUGCGUUCGCGCCAUGGCAGCAAGUACGGUCUGCCGGGAGGAGCAGCAACCUUUCUGCCAUGUUACGUUCUUCGCGUCCUCUUCCCUCCCAUCACCGCCCCUCAUGGUCCUCGUCCUCGCCAUUCCGGUAGCCAUCGGCCUGCCUUGGAUCACCCGCCGGUUCCUCCAGAUAUCCAAGUCCGACCGUGGUAUUGCCGCGAUCCUCCUCCCUUGGGCGAUGCCGUCGGCCCUCCUUCUCGGGAGCUCUUUCUGGAUCAUCGAGUACAUCGAUUCGGCCAACCUCCUGGGGCCGGAGUGGGAAGGGACUCUCCGUCUCACGCGAACGCUUUGCGCGCGCGUCGCGAUGGGCGGGGUACUUUUCUUCGGCUACGCGCUUUGGUAUCUCGUACCGAUGUGUGUCCAGAUAUCUUCUCAACCGAAGCCGGGUCCCACUCCGAAGAAAGAAGUCACCGUCGUCGGGUUCGGGAACGCCUACGGAGCGCCGUACAUCGUCUUCUGGCUCCUCUUCCUCGCCCUCCUCUACCCCUCGGCACAGCUCACGGGCCAGAUCACCCUCGCGCUCGCCGCCGUCGCGGUGCUCGCCUACCUCGAGGUCGUUGACAGCGUCCGCGACGUCCGCGGGAUCGACGCGCUCUUCGCCUCCGGCAACCCCUCCGCGAUCCUGCAGGCCGACGAGCUCAGCGCGCCCGCGCAGCCGCUGCGCUUCGCGGAGGUGCAGCCGCUCGCGCUGCUCGCCGUGCACGCGUUCUUCGCGACCGGCCACCAGGCCGCGGUGCCCUCGAUCCAGUGGAAGGCCGCGUUCGUGCUCACGCCGACGCUCGUCUACCCGUUCUCGCCCGCGCUCGUCGCCCUGAACACGCUCGGGCCGACCGCGCUCGUCGCGCUCGCGGCCCCGGCGCUCGCGCUGUGGUACGUCGAGCCGCGGCCGCUGCCGCUCGCGGGCGCGCGGGCGCGGGCGGGCGUCGUGCGCGCGGGGCUCGCGAUGAUGCUCUACCACGCGGGGCUGCUGCUCGGCGCGGCGGCGUGCGCGACGUGGCUGCGGCGGCACCUGAUGGUGUGGAAGAUCUUCGCGCCGCGGUGCAUGCUCGCGGUGAUCAUGCUGCUUGCGGUCGACGUCGCUGUGCUGUUUGGCGUCGGGGUGGGUGCGGGGCGGGUGGUGGAGCGGGUGUCGAGGAUGUUUGCGGGGUUACCGAAGGAGAAGACCGCGUAG